AUGUCUUACCGUGACUAUCAACAGGUAUUGGAUAUAAACAUUCGUCCCAAGCGGCCCAAGAGCGGUCGGACCACCCCGACCAAGGUGACGAAGACUCAGACGAUAAGGAAGCGUACCAAGACCGGGUGCUUGACCUGUCGCAAGCGAAAGAAGAAGUGUGACGAGGAUGUCGUUAACGGCAAGUGUCAAGGGUGCUUCCGCAACUUCUUGGAAUGCUGUUGGGAAGCCCCUCGCUUCGCUGCCCCCUCCACCGAAGACAAAUCAGCGAGUGAGUCAGAGCUGGUGACCCUGGCGAAGCUGAGCCGGUCGAACUCGGUCAGUCUGGAGUCCUCCACCGGUAGCGAGACCCCCAGUGCCCGCUCCAGAUGCCUGAUAUCGGCGCUUUUACUGCAUGACGACCAGGUGUCGCCGUUACUGUCACCACAAGGGUCACCGAGACCGCAAGCGGCCAGCCACCCGUCGUACGCCAUCAGCAGCCUUCUGCUAACCCCGCGGCAACCCCAGCCGCCGCAGAUGUCGCCGUCUACGUCGAAGUUUAUCGUCACUACGUUCAAUGUGGCUAAUGAGAUGUACCAUGUCCGCAAUUAA